CUCGUUUGUACAUAACUAUAUGUAUUUUUUUUUCUUCUCUACCUACCUUAUCUUUAAUAUCAUCUUGUAGAUCCAGAGAUGGCGGCAUGCACGGACACGGCCCUGGCGGACAUAAGAUUUAAACGUAACUUUGCGCCUAAUGGCGAUCGACGGCCGCUUCCUCGACGCCGGUGACGACUAUCUCGUAGGUUCCUGCCACUUUCCCUGCCUUGGUAGAAACCUUCCUUUGGUCCUUCCCAUGCCCCUUCUCCAUCCACCACCGGCCUACUGUGGAAGGUGGAAACUGGGGUGCCCAUGCCUCAGCUAUUGCUGUAAGCUUGACAUAAUUGUGGAAAUCCGAAACCAGCGUGUGGAAGGCGUACCUCACACGGAUCUACAGGAAAAGAUGCUCAUUUGCUCUGGAGCCCAGUACGGAUCUUUCCCCUUUCUGUCGUUAUCAUUCAGUCUUCUCAUUUCUCAUCUGUGCUGCAGCAUCUUCGCUUCUUCUUUCUCCUUUCCUGUCCCGUCCUGUCUUUCUUUCUUUCUUUCUUUCUUUCUUUCCAUCUCCAUCCUGCUUUGUCCAUCUCUCCUUCUCGUCCAUUCUAUGGGAGAAAUCGACGGCAAACAGAGAGAUUGAAUCCCCUCUCUCUUCCUGCAUAGCCGCUUGCCUUACUUCUCCCACCGGUCGCCGUCUUUCCUUUUGUUGACUCUGUUUUUUUUUCUGUUUGCCUUUCGGUGUACCUUCGUUCUACAAUCUUGUACGAGUAUACACGUACGAAUUAAUGAGUCG